CACUGUACUGUCAAAACAAGAUCAGCAGGCAAAUCUUACGAAGUGGAGCAAACGAAAGUUAAAAUGAUUGGGUGUCCCGUUAGAUCUCGUAUUCGUGUCUCAGAAGUGUUUACAAUCACAACACGUAGUCCCCGCUGCCAUUUAUAACACUCGCGUAAAUUAAGAACAAAUCAUGGACGACUACAUAAACAUUAUAGACUUUAUUUUCCUAAACCUCGCCUUCGCGGUUACGUUUACCGGUGUUAUCAUUAAUAAUUUCGAGAAAUAUGUUCCUGCUUUUAUAAUAAAGGGGUACAGGUAUGGAAGUUUCGCGUACCAAGGCUCGGACGCGAAUUACCUUCAGGUUAUUGAGAUACCGAAGGCUUAUUAUAGACAUUUUUAUUUAUUUUCAACAAUAUUUAGUGCUUCAAUGUUGUCCUAUAUGUUUGUGGUAUACUUCUUCGGUGUCACCGUUAGUUUUCCUGUUCAUUUCGCGUUGAGAAUGCUGCUACAGGAAAAUGAGCCUUCUGUAUCAGUGAGAGCAGCCCUGGUAGCCCUGUCUCUACUCACGGUACAAUGCAUUAGACGUCUAUACGAGACAUACUACUUGCAAGUAUUUGCCAAGUCCAGCAAGAUGAACCUGAGCCACUACCUCGCAGGCAUCAUUCAUUACUUCGCUUGUAUCAUAGCUGUGGUUGGACAGGCACCUCUGUUUUGUGGUCAACAAAACAGAGACUCGAUAAAAUGGAACGACCUUCGCACGACCAUACUAGCCGUACCUUGCACAGUCAUAUUCCUAAUUACAUGGUACGAACAAUUUCAAACGAAUAUAAUCUUCGCGAACUUGCGAAAAGACAAGAAGUCUGGAGAAGUGGUGACGGAGGAACACAAGAUCCCUCAUGGCAGAAUGUUCGAGUAUGUUUCGAGUCCGCACCGAAUGUGCGAGAUCAUUCUUUAUACUGUUCUACUGAUGCUCGUCCCUACUAAGACGUUCUUCUGCAUUUAUUUAUGGGUCUUGGGUAAUCAGAUUCAAACCGCCAUCCAAGCUCACGAGUGGUACAAAAAGUCAUUUGAAAAGUACCCCACCAACCGUUACGCAGUUUUCCCGCGCGUAUUGUAGUUUCCCGCGCUAUUUCGAAAAGAGAAGACUGAGCAUUUAUUUUUUAAAUUAUAUUUAUUGGUGUAGUAACUUAAGAUAUGAAAACAGAUUAUAUAUAAUUGUUAUAUAUUGGUAUGAAAAGAUGUUUAAGAAAAAAAGUAAAUUGAGGGUUUGAUUUAUUGAUUGGAGAUACACAUAAAACGUUAUUUAUAAAGAAAAAUAAAAGUGUAUUGUAGAUAGUAUUGAUAAAUAAAAAAUAUUUAUUUUUACUAA